AUGCAAAUCCAGGUUAAUAAAGAACUGAAGAAUGGGGAAGUGGACAAGUUGUUUCAAGAUCUACAAGACGCCAAAGAUGAAAAGACCAUUGAAAACAGCCAGGUCAUUAAGGCAAAAGAAAAUGAAACCAUGAAAAAGAAAUUUCCAGCUAUGCAAACAAAUCAAAGAGAAGAAGAGAACAAGAAACUAGCAGAGCAAAUGGACAAGAAACUAGCAGCUAUGCGAACAAAUGCGGAAGAAGAAAGAAAAAACGUAGCACAGCAUAUCAAUAAGAAACCUGCCGCUAUGCAAACAGAUAGGGAAGCAGAGUACAAGAGAAUAGCCGAAGAAAUGACGAUUGAAGCUAAGCAAACAAAUGCGGAAGAGGAGUACGAGAAAAUAGUCGAAGAAUUGAAGCUUGAAGCUAGGCAAACAAAUACGUAUAAAGAGUACGAGAAUAUAGCUGAAGAAAUGAAGCUUGAAGCUACGCAAACUAAUACGGAAGAAAAGUACAAGACCAAAGAAUUGAAGCUUGAAGCUAGGCAAACAAAUACGGAAGAGGAUAACGAUAAAAUAGCAGAAGAUAGGAAGCUUGCAGAUGUGCAAACAAAUUCUCAAGAAAAGUACAGGAACAUAGCCGACCAGAUGGUCAUAAAGCCUGCAGCUAUGCAAACAAUUAGGGAAGAAAAGUACAAGGAAAAGGCCGAAGAGAUGACGCUUGCAGUUAUGCAAACCAAUUCGGAAGAUGAGUGUAAGAUCUUAGCAGAACAGAUUAAGCUUCCAGCUAUGGAAACAAAUGCUCAAGAAGAGAACAAGAAACUUGCAGGGCUGAUUAGUAAGAAGCAUACGGCUAUGCAAACAAAUACGGAAGAAGAGUACAAGAAAAUAGGCGAAGAUAUGAAGCCUGUGGCUAUGCAAACCAAUUCAGAAGAAGACUUCGAGAAAAUAGCAGAAGAGAUGAAGCCUGCAGGUAUGCAAACAAAUACGGAAGAAGAGUACAAGAAAAUAGAAGAAGAGAUGAGGCUUGAACUAGGCUUACAAAUGCGAAAGAAGAGUACGAUAAAAAUGCAGAAGACAUGA